GUCUAGUACACAGUCUUGAACCGCGAUAAAUAAAUUCCCUCUUUAUUUUCUCUUCAAUUGCACGACAAAAGGGUUUCAAUAGCGCUUGUGCAACCACCACCGAUCCAUCGUCCUCCACCGUUCGCAUCUCCGGCGAACCACCACUCUCGCACCGUCGUAACCCGCUCACUCCAUCUCCGCCAAAAUCGUGAAGCGCCAUCGCCGUAAUUUCGCGUCGCGCCAUCCUCGUUCAUAGAGGUAAAUGGCUCCUUCGGGCAACAAUAAGGCUCUCACCUCCCACGAUAAAGAGAUUAGGCGUGGGAGGGCCAUUGUGAAGGAAGUUCUCCGCAUAAGAGAAAAAGGACAAAAAUUAAAGAUUGGAUGGAGCAAGAAAGGUAAACCAAUUAAGCCCCACAAACAAAAAUUUGUUCGUUACAUUGGGAUGACUGCUCGGGAGAAAGUGCCAAUUAUUUAUAAUAGUUGGGAGGAUGUACCGGAGCAAAUUAAAAACAACAUUUGGUCGGAUGUAGAGUCGGCUUUUCUUGUUGAUGACAUACAUAGGAAAUAUGUACUUCAAGUAGCGGAUCGUCUAUGGACUCAGUUUAGGUCAAAUUUAUCAAAAUGCGUAACAGACGAUGCUGGUAAUAUGAAUGAGCAUCCACCACAGACUUAUUCAUGCAUAAUACCUGAUGAUGAUUGGAAAAAGUUUGUUGCUCAACAUGUAGACGAGCCCUCGAAGACACUAAGUGAUGGAAAUUUGCAAAGCCUACUGAAACCUGCCUAUGAAUUUAUGAAAUCGUGUACGAGAGAUGCAUCCCUUGAGCAAAAUGCGAUAGAGGAGGAAGGAUCAUAUGUUACAUCCUUGCCUCGUCAUGUUUUGUGGAGGGCUGGGCAUGUUAACAAGCAGGGCUUGAUUGACAAUCCGAAUGUUCAACAAGUUUGGGAUAAGUGUGAGGCACUUUUGAAGUCUGUAUCCCAGAAGGAGACACAAGAAUGUGGCCGUCAGGACAUUGUUGACGGAGCCUUGAAUAUUCUAGAGCAGCCUGGUCGUGUCAGGGAUGUCGAAUUUGGGGUUUCACAAAGGGACAACUUCAAAUCUGAAAAGCGCUCAAGAAGGGAAAAUUUUGGUAAAGUGGAGCGUGUGGAAGUAUUGGUGAAGACCCCUCAAGAACAGGUUAAUACUUUGUUGCAAAUGCAGAUGCAGCAGCAGACGCUUCAGAAGCAGCGAAAUUUACCACCCACGAAUGGUAGAGAUAGUUGCAUGCCACUUCCAUUAGCUGCCAACAUUCCUAAGGGUCCCACCCAGUGUCUUUUAUGUUUAGCAGUCCCAUAUUUUCGCACGGUUGGUACUGGAACAGUGUAUAACCUGCCAGGUGAUACGCUACACAAUAGGCCACUACCUCUUAAUCAUGUGAGAGUUAGUGUUGAUGUUAUAUUUGAAGGGUCUGCACCAUUGCCCGUACCUAAUGAAGAUGCGGAGUUGUUUAGUGUUGAAAAUGCAGUAGGUACUUGUGUGGCAUGGCCAAUCAAUCUUAUUCAAUUUGAUCUUGUGACUCCCACACAAUCCAAAUCAGAGGGGAAAACAACCGGGCACACAAAGAAAGUCGUUGCAUCAUCAAAAAAGCAAGCUGUGCUUCAGCCCUCUGUUGGAGACGGUGCGACCAAACUUCCUUUUUAUUGCAAGCUUCUUUAUGUUUACGCGCAAAAAGUGUUGACAAACAGCUCCCCAUUGAGAAUACCCAUGGAGGAAGCAGUACUCAAUUAUGAUUGCGUGGAGCACAUUGGUUUAGAUGAAGUCAAUCAGGUUGUUCAUCACCAGCAAUUAGGUGCCUCUGUAAUUUGUGUAUAUAUCAGGUACUUAUAUGAACAGAUGUUGGUCCCAGAUAAUUUGACGGAAAAGUUCUCAUUUGUCUUGCCACAUCAAACAUCACUAAAUGCAGAACAGCAAACACAUUAUAUAGUCGAUGCCCUCACAGCACAAGCUCAGCUGGAUAAAUUGUUUCUUGCACCAUACAAUAUAGAAGAACAUUGGGUGUUAAUAGUGAUUAAUGCCUCUGAAGGGAAAAUAUAUUAUCUGGAUCCUUUGAAUGGUGAUCCGAGACACCAAAAAGAGAUGAAGACCCUGUUUGAUACAGCUUUGAAGAUUUACCGUGUUACAACUAGUGCUACUGUGCCUGGAGCAAAACGAAGCAAUAUUCAGUGGGACAAUAUAAAGUGCCCUCGUCAAACUAAUAAUAUAGAUUGUGGAUACUAUAUCCUGAAGUUUAUGAAGGAUAUUAUCACUCACAAUGAACCUAUGAUCCCGUUGGAGUACUUUCAAGAUUGUCGAUGUAGCUUCUACUCUAAUGAUCAACUAGAUGAAGUCAGGGAGGAGUGGGCUUCUUAUGUGCUUGACAACUUCUGUUAGCAAUUGGGGUCUUUGUACUGUUUAGGAUGAGGAAUGGUGCUUCAAUCCAGGAAAGCUAAACGGAGGGUUACACUUACUACGUACUCCCUUCUCCAACAACCUGUCUCGGUGGCCUCGCACCUGUCGGAGACGAGCCAUGCCCUCUUUACGUUGCGGCUGAGGACGCAUAUCAAGGCUUCCCGGUGACGUUCUACGCCAUGAGCCGUAAGCAAAUAGUUGUCUGGAUCGCCACUGAUGUAAACAUUCAGUCACAUAAAAAACAUGAUGCUUGAACAAAACAGUGGUUUGUGAUAGUUGGUGGUGUUCUUGAAAGCCCAGGAAAGAAAGUUCGCAGUUGGUAGUGUUCUUUCUGACAAAUUUAUUGAAUAAUUGCAAGAUUACUCAUAGAUUACCAUCA